UGGAUGCUAUGCCUUCAAUACUAUUAUUGACAUGCUUAAUUUAACUCAGUCGGCGUUUUGGCCUCACUCAUAUCAAUACAUUUACUGUAGAGUCCGUAAUUUUUUUAUUGAUUGGGAACUCCUGAUAGUAGUAAUUGUUUAGAAACAAUUCAGGGUUACCAAGGUUAAGUCGGCAAGAAAACGUCAUUAUUUAAAUAUCUAUUACACAACGCUGUCAAGAAUUUUAUAGCAAGUAAAAAUUUAAGUGUUAGAAAUUGUUCUGUUUCUGUUUGCGAGUGAAAUUUGCGUAAACAAAAAUGGUUUCGAUAUUUGGCGUAUUCGAUUACGUGAUAAUGGCUGCGACUAUGGUGAUAUCCGUAGCCAUUGGCCUUUACUUCAGAUUAAGCGGCGGAAAACAAAAAACUAAUGAGGAGUACCUUCUCGCAGACCGCAACAUGUCCAUAAUGCCAGUGGCGGUGUCACUAAUGGCGUCAUUCAUGUCCGCCAUCUCAUUACUCGGAGUAUCUGCUGAAAACUACUAUUACGGCAUGCAAUUCCUCGUCAUAAAUUUUUCAUAUGCAAUAGCGACGCCAAUCGCCAGUAAACUGUACCUACCAGUAUUCUUUGGACUGCAAAAGACUAGUACUUACGAGUAUUUGGAACUGCGAUUCGGACCAAGAAUAAGAAUGAUCGCCUCCCUAACUUAUACCUUACAAAUGGUGCUAUACAAUGGAAUAGUGUUGUACGCACCAGCUAUUGUAUUAGAAUCUGUGACUGGACUCGAUAGACUUAUAUCGAUAUUAGUGGUAGGCUUAGCUUGUACGUUUUAUUCUACGCUUGGAGGGAUGAAAGCAGUGUUGUUUACAGAUUUAUUUCAGUCACUACUGAUGUUAGGAGCAGUGCUCAGUAUAGUUGUGUUCAGUUCGAUACAGCUUGGAGGUUUCCAUAUGAUUUUUAUUAAGGCUAGAGAAGGAGGAAGGCUUAACUUUAAUAAUUUCAGUAUAGAUCCCACUGAGAGACACACAUGGUGGUCGCUAAUAUUCGGUGGCUUGAUCACCUACUUAUCAUUGUAUGCUGUUAAUCAUACUCAGGUGCAACGGCUGCUAACAGUGAGCACUUUGUCCCGAUCGCAGUGGUGUUUGUGGUGGAGUUGGCCGGCAAUGACCCUUAUAAGCACUAUCACCUGUAUCAGCGGACUCGGCAUCUACGCCGUCUAUAUGAACUGCGAUCCAUUUAUCAACAACAAAAUCUCCGCUAUAGACCAGCUGAUGCCAUACUACGUGGUGGACGCAAUGAAGUCCGUUCCUGGUCUAGCCGGUCUGUUUGUGGCGGGCAUCUUUAGUGCCUCACUGUCCACUAUAUCUGCAGCUUGCAACGCUCUUGCUGCGGUUACUCUUACGGAUUAUGUCAGCAGAUGGUGCAAGUUGUCUCCAUCUUAUGUUCCUUGGCUGACGAAGCUAACGGCUUGCGGCUACGGCUUAUUGUUUCUAGCUCUGGCGUUUAUAGCGGAACACUUGGGAGGAGUGCUGCAAGCCGCUUUAACGAUAUUUGGGGCAGUCGGCGGCCCCCUACUGGGUAUCUUCACUAUGGGAAUGUUUACCACAUUUGCUAAUGAAAGGGGAGUCUCCAUAGGUCUAGUAACUGGUAUGGCGAUGACGCUAUGGAUCAGUUUCGGUUCGCCCAGACCGUCGCCAGUGAAAUUACCACUAAGCGUGGAGGGAUGCGACGCGAAUAUUACUAUGCCGGUGCUGCCACCAGCUAAAGACCCCUCGGACUACUUCUAUUUGUAUCGGAUAUCUUACAUGUGGACCAGUACGAUAGGGUUCGUAUGGGUGAUAGUGGUAGCUUCGGUGGUGUCGCUUAUAUGGCGGCAGAAGCAGCCGUGGGAGAGCGCGGGCCAGAGUAGCCCCGACCCGGCGCUAUUCACUCCACCGCUAGCGAGAAUACUGCGAGAGAAGAACGGACAGAAAGAAAAACCUGACGUACAUAUGGAUACUGGCUGUAAAUAUUGAUUUGCAUAUGCGCUUCGGGUCUGCAUGCAUGACGCUGUCUUAAUUGCAUGAGUGUGAACUGCUGAAACACAAUGGAGCUCAAAAUUGAAGAUUAUUGGAAUUCUGGUUAUUUAUUUAUACUUAGGUUAGGUGUACUUUAUUUAUUUAAUAGGUUUAAAUUGGACUAGUACGUAGAUAUUAAGCUAACAUUCCUAAUUUAUAACAGAGCACAAGAUUAAAGAUAAUAGACAUUUAGACAAGCGAAGCGGUAAGCCCCUAUAAUCAGCAGCAUUCAAUUCAAAUUAUUAUACUGAGGACUGAUGCGAAAUAAUGGGUAUAAUAUUUUAUACACCGUUAAUUUGAGAUAUCUUAGAUACUAGCGAUUUCAGAUAAAAUAUUGAUUAUGUAUUUUUAGAAACAAAAAAAAGACAACGAUUUAUGUAAUGUUUACGGUUUCUUUUCUUAAAUUAUGUUUUCCGAAAAGUGUCUCCAGUUGUACCAAUAACAAAUUGAUUUAAAUAAAACUUCUUUAAGGAUCUACGUACUUUAUACGGAUAUAUAAUUCCACACAGGCACAUAUGUUUUAAACAAAUUUUAUACUACAUAAUAUAUGAUAUUUUCUUGCACACUGUAUAAAUCAAUAUUUUCCUCAUGUUUACUGUUUAUAACUAAAAGUUCUUACUAUUUUUAUUUAUAGGAUUUUUAAGUUUCUCAGGUAGCUAACUCAAAAUUCACGGUGUAUAAGUAGUUAACCUUACGGUUUUGCGCGUGGUACUUCAUGGUGUUUUACUGAACAUCUUUUGGAUGACCAGUCUUUGCGAGAGUUACUUAAUAUUAAGUUUAAUGCGUACCGUGAAACACGCCAACAUUGCCCUUUCUUUUUUAUUAAUCGUUAUUAUUUUUGGAUUUUUCAAUGGCAACCUGAGUAUUUUUUUAUUAGAUGUGACUCUUAAGAUCGUAGGCACGUAGUGGCGUAUCAAAAUCUAAUCAUUUUCAACGUUUAAUUUUAGUUUCGAAUCAUUUCGAUGGCAGUCAAUGUUAUUUUUGAAGACUGUAUGGUCUUUACGUUAAAAUCUAAAAAACCGUUGGAAAAAAAUAAGAAAAGAUGGCGAUUACUUUAGGAACUUAAGUUAUAAACAGGAAAUUUUCCGGUAAAAUGACUUUUUUCUUUUUCCCAUACAAUCUGCAUUUAGGCUAUCAAAAAAUGUUAGGGCUGAUACAACCACAAAUUACAUUCGAGAAAAAAAGAUUGAUAUUUAUUUUUUUCAUGUAUACAAAAAUUUGUGAUUAGGUGAAGAAAAAAAUUAAACAAAGACAAUAUAUUACAAAUACGCUUCUCAAAUGCAAUAAACUUUUAAUUUUAAUAAAAACAAUAUUCUUUUUUUUUAAAAAUACAUAAUAGUAAUUUAGACCUAAACUUACUUUACUUAAAUUAUGAAUUAAUAUUUUAUAUACUUAAUUUUAAUUAUAGUAGUUCCUUAACGGUAUUCUUUCAGAUUUACAAAUCACAUGUACCAACCCUAGGCCUUUUUUGGCAACGGGCAAUGUUGCCAAUCUUAGGUUGGAACAAUACCGGAUAACUUUACCCAACGUCAUAAUUUUUUUUUACUAAACCCUCAGCAAUGGCACUAGCACUAAAAUGACCUGUUCAUUAUUACAUGUUAUAAAGCAAACAAAACUAUAUUUUCACUAUUAUGCACGUUUGACUUAUAAGAGUGUACCAAAUUUGCCCACAAUGACACACACCUAUUUUAAAGAGCUUUCACACAUUAUUAUGUGAAGCUAUCAAUAGACAAAAAAGUUUGCAAUGCCAGAAAUAUAACCUACUUUCCUCCAAAAUUAAUCAGUUUCGCCAUAAUAUUAAGAUAUUUUUUGCGCAUCAAAGUCGUUAUAACUUGCUAAAAUAACAAAGAUACCCUUGCAGACAAUGUUGGCGUAUUUCACGGUAUUACGUGCACGUGUUGAUGCUGAUUGUAGGCAUAAAACUAAAGUGCGCCAUAUGCGCCGCUGGAGUAUAAUCAUCAAUAAUGAUUGAAUAUAUAUUCGGAAACUAUUUAUUUAUUCAUCAUUUACACAAAAUUACAUAAAUAUACCAAAAACUAUAAUAUGCCUAAUUCAUAAUAAUAUAAACAACACAAUAUGAAAUAUUGUGAGCGAUGGGUUUAGCAUACUGUUAUUAUUAUUGUUUACGGAUAACAUCUUCAAUACAAAUUCCAAAAGUGGCGUUGUUAAGGCGGCCGCUAGACGUUCAGUUUGUAAUGUGGUUUAUCAUAGCCACUGGUUAAAAAAAAAGAAAACGAUGAACAAAACAUUUGCUACCGCAGAGAUAAUAAAAAAUAUAGUCAAUUAAAUUUUAAAACACCAUAUCCUCCUUAAAUGCUUUCGCGAUGCGUACUGACACACCGUGGUAUUUAAUGAUCGUCUAGUGUAGUGUACUGACAGAUGUCAAUAUUUAAUAAUUACUAAUGCUUACACCGUCAGUAAAUAAAUCGUUAGUAAAUGAACGACUAGCUGCCGAUGCCGCCUAGACCGUGUAGUGAGGUCAGACAUCAGUAAAUAAAAUCGUAAUCCAUGCAUUAUUAUCUUUAUUCUCUUAGUGAUCAUCGAAUAUAAACGUAAGUAUCUUAUUAUAUAAACUACAUUUACGAGUAUUUUCAAUUGGAAAGAACUUAGUUAUGUACUUAUUAAAAAAGUGUGUACUUAGACUAAAAAACUAUAGGUACUUCAUGGAAUUUAUAGUUAAUAAUGUUGUCGUUUUAUAAAUAUUUACUAUGAUUAACAUAGAAGUGAUGAAAAUAUCGUAAGAUACCGAUAUAAUAUUGAUGUAUUUUGUAUAGACCAUAAUGUUUUAGUUUUAUAGUUGUAAAAUAAGAAGCACUUUAGAUGGGAAUUCGGCAUAUGUUUGAAUUUUAGUAACGUUAGUUGAAAAGAUAAUGAUGCUGUGAUAGCGCAAAUGUUCUUCCACUGUUUUUAAUAUCUAGUUUAAAAAAAAAACAUAUAGUGUAUUAGUAGCUGAACAUAGUGAGACAUUAUUUAUAAUGAAAAUGUGGGUUUAGAUGUGUGCGAUGGAAAUGUAUCACUUAUUAUAACUUGUAUGUAUGUAAGGUAAUAUUUUGCUUGCGAACGAAAUGUACUCAAAGAGAAUGUUAAAUACUUAGACGAAAAUAUUAUAUCUCUGGUAAUUUAUUUUUAAUUAUAUUUCUACAUUCAAAAUGAUAUUAUAGCUACACCAACACCUGUAUUAUGAAGAUUUUAGUCAUUUAAUAAAAGAACUUUAAAACGGGUUUCUUAUGGGUCAAGUACUUAUCAUGUAGCGUAACCUAGAUCCAUGGGCUUACUUGUAAAUUUAAAAGACUUUUCUGAACUCUUAUGAUCACGAAGGUUAAUUGACAGGCUCUUAAAAAGGGUCUUGAGAAAACGUCAAAAAUUACUAUGUGAAAAUUCUAGACGUUACACACAUUUUGUAACUUGUUAUAUGAAUUUUGUUAUAUACUUAACACGCCCACAAGAUAUGCCACUGUUGGUCUAAAUUUUUUAUGUAAACUGGACGCAUCAUUAUUAAAGUGUUUAAAAGAUCAGUUAAAAAAACGUUAAUAAAGGUACUCAACUUAUUAUUAAGGUGUUGUUUUUAGCAUUUAGGAACUAUAAUUAUUGUUUUGGAUUGUUUAGUUUUUAUAUUCAGGUUAGCGUUAUUUUUUAAGGCUGUGGUUUAAUUAAAGUUGCUCUACUGAAACUUAUUAGAAAUAUUGUUCAUUGCAUUGUAGAAGCAAGUUUUUAUGAUAAUUACAAGUUUAUUAUAUAUCUAGUUUUUUAAUUCAUCAAAUUAUUUUGUUUUUUUUUAACUAGUCUAUUUAUCUGGGUUUUUUGUGAUCGCAUCAAGGGGCCGAUUCUACCUACUGGUAUGACUAGAACACUAUUCAUCGCACAGUUGUGUAGGUGGAUUGGGUCCAUUAAUCACAAUACGUAGUAAGUUUAUUGUAUCUGUGAUAUAAUAUUUAUGUAACACAUUGUAAAGUUGUACGUGAAUAUAGAUCUUUUUAUCAAUAAGUUAUAAAAUUUAAACUAAAUAUUUUUCAAUUUUUACCAUAAACUACGUCAAAGGCGAAAUUCUAAUACUAUAACUUAUUCAAAGACAUUAAAAAAUAGUGAGGAAUUUAAAUACAUCCCAUUAUCGCAACCGCACGUGAGAUUAUAAAAGAAUCAAAUAAAAAAAAACAUUUUAUUUUAAAUGGUAGAUGUUUUCUCUUACAUUAUUUUCCUUGAAAUAGUAUGGGCAAAAACUAGACAUUAAACUUAUGUGAUACUAAGCGGAGAGAAUUCUACCUUAGGGCUUGUGAGUUCUUCUAUUCAACGUCACAAGAACGCGGUCUGUAGAUAGAAAGAAAUUUUUAAUGCGCUUACUACUGCACAAAAUAGCGCGAAACAUGCGCAAAACCCGUAAAAGCGAACAAACAAAUUAAAUUCAUUAUUUCUUUCAUAUUUU